UUUUUUUUUUCGAAAUAGAGGAACCCUAAAUCCCCAAAAUCUUGCUUUUUCUCUCAUAUACACUCCACAUCUCCGAUUUUUAAGAUUAUUUGCCGAAAUCGAAGGGAAUCGAAGAUUUUUUCGCACUUACCUACGAACGGCGCACGACUUUGAUUGAUUGCCACACCAAAUGCAACUUCCGAUUAGGCAAUCUCUUCUACAGGUGUGGAGACUUUAACUUGUUGAGCCAUCACAAAAUUCGUUUAGCGAUUUGUUUCUACUUGGGUUGUUCCCGAAUUGUCCAUUAGAUACCAACCAUCGUACAUAUGUUUUAGAUCCCUACAGGCAAGAAUUUGAAUGCGCUCAUUGGGCUUGUAGAUCCUUUUCCUUCAAGCAAGCUGAAUAUUUUAUUAUGGAUGGCAAGUCAAGAAAAGAAGGGAGAAGUAGCAAAAAAGGGCGACAUAAAUUGAAGAAGAAGAAGUUAUUGGAAAAGGAAGGUUUUGUUGAACCCCAUGAAGUCAAUCAUAUUUGUUUUGAGAAAGAAGAUGGCCCAGAAUUCAUGAAAGAAGACGAACCAAGUACGGCGGACAGAGAAAAGAAAAGAGAUAAAUCGAUGACAAGGAAGAAAAGGAAAAAGGAGAAGGGUACUGAAGUUGCUGAUGGCGAAGUUAAUCAGCUUGGUUAUGAGGAUGAAGAUGGCUCAAAUGAAGUAAAAUCUGGCGGGAUUACUGGCAAUGGCAAAGCAAAAAAAUUAAGCCAAUCCAAGAAGCAAAUCAAGGUCAAUGGCAAAGCAAAAAAAUCAAGCCAAUCCAAGAAGCAAAUCAAGGUCGAUUCUGUAGAGUCCAAUGAAGCACACGCUGGAACUGAUGUUGCAAUUAUGGAUAGAUCAAAGAAAGCUGGGAAAAGCAAAAAGAAGGAUCGUGUUGUAUCAAAGAAAGAAAGAAAGAAAGUGGAAAAGAAAGCUGAAGUUGAAGAGGAUGAAGUUUAUCACAUGUCUUCAGGGGAUGAGGACUGCUCCAAAGGAAUGAAAAAAUGGAUUACUGAAUACCAUACAAAUAGACCUGGUUUGAAGAUAUUGCAACAAAGAAUUGACGCCUUCACAACUGCUCAUGAGGCACAAGAGGAACAGGCAAAGAAAGAGAGAGAGUCACGUGUAGCAGAAGGUGGAUGGACUGUUGUGAAACACCACAAAGGAAGGAAAAAGACAACAGAUUCCGAAAGUGGAGUUGCCGUAGGCGCUGUUGCAGAGGCUGCUGUGCUGGAUAAAAUGGCCCAAAAGAAAAAGAAAGGAGUUGCUCUCAAUUUCUACAAUUUUCAAAGACGGGAAGCUCAGAGGAAUGAGGUUAUGAUGCUGCAGAGCAAAUUCGAGCAGGAUAAGAAGCGUAUACAGCAGAUGAGAGCUGCGAGGAAGUUCCGGCCAUACUGACAGUAUCCGCAUUCCGUGUUGUUGAACUUCAGAUGCAGACCGCCGACUCAAAAGUGAGAGAUUAUUUUGGACUGCCAGCACAGCUUAUUAGAGGAAUAAAAUGGGGUUCUGUCAGGUGAGAGGCGAUGGUGAGAAUUUCAAAUGCUCAAUGGUCAUUGGAUGGGAAAUUUUUGUAGAACAAUCUGUUAUAUUGCAUUUCAUAAUGGUUAUUAGGGGCGUGUUGGGAUGCACAAACGAAAUGAAUUGUGAAGAGGGAAUGACAGAGUUGUAAGUCAUCAGCUGGCUCAUAUCGCAGUUGCACUUGGUAAUGAUAACUAAUGGAAUUGCAGGUUGAUUCCA